AUGAACAAUGUAACAGAAUUCAUACUGCUGGGCCUCACUCACAAUCCAGAACUGCAGAAAUUCUUGUUUGUUAUGUUUUUAAUCACCUACUUGAUCACAUUGGCAGGUAACCUGCUCAUCUCAUUCAUCAUCUUCAUCAGCCCAGCCCUGGGUUUCCCCAUGUACUUUUUUCUUUCCUAUUAGUCCAUUAUAGAUAUUUUCUACUCUUGUUCCAUAGCCCCUAAAAUGAUCUUUGACUUGAUCUCUGAAAAGAACACCAUAUCCUUCAAUGGCUGCAUGACUCAGCUCUUCACAGAACAUUUCUCUGUGGCAGCUGAGAUCAUCUUAUUAAAUGUCAUGGCCUAUGACUGCUAUGUGGCCAUCUGUAAGCCCUUGCACUAUGCAACCAUCAUGAGCCAACCUAUGUGUGGAUUCCUGAUGGUGGUGGCUGGGAUUCUCGGAUUUGUAUGUGGUGGGAUCCAGACUUUGUUCAUAGCCCAGUUACCAUUCUGUGGCCCCAAUGUCACUGACCACUUUAUGUGUGGUUUAGUACCUCUUCUGGGGCUGGCCUGCACAGACACUCACACCUUGGGGCCUCUGAUUUCUGCCAACAGUGGGUCACUGUGUUUCCUCAUUUUUUCCAUGCUGGUUGCUUCCUUUGUCAUCAUCCUGUGCUCCCUGAGGACUCAUAGCUCUGAAGGGCAUCACAAAACUCUGUCUAGCUGUGCCUCUCAUAUCUUCACUGUCAUCUUAUUUUUUGUCCCUUGUUCAUACCUGUAUCUAAGACCUCUAACCUCCUUCCCCACUGACAAAGCUAUGACUGUGUUUUGCACCAUAUUUACACAUAUGUUGAACCCUUUAAUCUACACCCUCAAAAAUAAAGAUGUGAAAAAUGUCAUUAAGAAGUUCUGGAAUCAAAUAAUGACAAGUUAUGAUAAAUAA